AUGCGCUUUUCUUCUUCCUUGCUUCUCUCUGCCUUGGGUUGGUGCUUGUGCUGCGGUGGGAGCAACUCUCGUCAGGACCUAGUAACAUGGGACGAACACUCCUUCUUCGUGCGAGGCGAGCGCCUAAUGAUUUUCUCUGGAGAAUUCCACCCCUUCCGUCUUCCAGUGCCCGGCUUAUGGCUCGACGUUUUCCAGAAGAUCAAAAGCAUGGGCUUUACAGGAGUAUCCUUCUACACGGACUGGGCGCUGUUGGAAGGAAAUCCCGGCCAUGUUGUGAUUGGUAGCGGUGGUGGUAUCUGGGACCUCGAAGAGUUCUUCAGUGCAGCGACUGAAGCCGGGAUAUACCUGAUUGCUCGUCCUGGACCGUAUAUCAACGCCGAGGUCUCGGCUGGAGGUAUACCGGGCUGGGUUUUGCGCAGCAGCAACGCAACACUCCGAUCGUUGGAUCCGGGGUACCUCGAAACGACGCAAAACUACGUGCCAACGAUCGGUAAGAUCAUCAGCAAAGCCCAGAUCACGAAGGGCGGUCCGGUGAUCUUGCUCCAGCCUGAGAAUGAGUAUACAAGCUGGCCGGGCCUCGGCGUCUCAACUUUCCCAGGCGAGAUGAACAGGGAAUACAUGGCUUUUGUAGAGCGGCAGUUUCGUGAUGCUGGUAUUCAGGUCCCGUUUAUAGUGAAUGAUAACUUGGUAGAGGGUUAUUUUGCGCCGGGCAGUGGACUCGGCGCGGUAGACAUAUAUGGCAUUGACUCGUAUCCUAUGCGUUACGACUGUAGGGGACCAAAUCACUGGCUCUGUGCUGAUCCAUAUGUAUGGCCGACAUAUAGGUUCCCUUAUACCUGGCAGGCUACCCACCAGAAGGAAAGCCCGACGACGCCAUUUUCUAUAGCCGAAUUCCAAGGAGGAAGUGGAGAGGGAUGGGGAGGCGUUGUCGAAGAGAUGUGUGCUGACCUCGUCAAUAUGGAGACAGCCCGUGUCGUAUACAAGAAUAACUACAGCUUCGGGGUGAAGCUAUUCAACAUCUACAUGACCUAUGGUGGCACCAAUUGGGGCAAUUUGGGUUACAUGAAUGGCUACACGUCCUACGAUUACGGAGCAGCCAUCAGCGAAGAUCGAAGCCUACGCCGAGAGAAAUACAGCGAACAGAAACUCCAGGCAAACUUCCUCAAGGUGUCCCCAGCAUAUCUCACGGCCACCUCGGUGGUGGGCAUGAAUGGCACUUAUGGCGCGCCAGAGACCAUUGCGGUCACUCCACUUUUAGGGGAUAAUAAUGGCACCAAUUUCUACGUGGUGAGACACGCAGACUUUACUUCACUCAACACGACUCAGUAUACCCUUGACUUGUCCACUAGUAUUGGAAGUGUCACCAUUCCACAGCUUGGAGGUAGCUUGGCGCUAAGUGGACGCGAUUCCAAGAUUCACGUCACAGACUAUGAUCUCGGUGGCAUUAACCUGAUUUAUUCCAGCGCGGAGAUACUUACCUGGGCGCGAGGGGAGGAUCGGAAACGCACUGCAGUGCUCUAUGGGGGAGAGGAAGAACUGCAUGAGAUUGCUUUGCCAGCCAGUCUGGGGCAACCUUCAGUCAUUGAGGGCUCCGGCGUGGCCAUCCGACAAAGGGGAUCUGCUUGGGUGCUGCAGUGGCGAGUCACCCCUGAGCGUAAGAUCGUUCAGAUUGGACCGCUGCUUGAGCUCUACCUGGUGUGGAGAAAUGAAGCGUAUAACUACUGGGUGAUGGAGCUGACAGCUCCAAGUCCCGUGGCAAAUUUCACAUCCCCGUCAAAGGACCUGGUGGUCGUCAAGGCCGGGUAUCUUAUUCGAAGCGCAGAGAUCGAAGGUGAUAAACUAAAGCUGACGGGCGAUGUCAACCAGACAACUGUCGUCGAACUGAUCUCAAGCCCGAAGGACAACAUUCGCAGUCUGACUUUUAACGGGGAGCUGGUUAAGACUACUACACUGGCGUGUAAUGGCAAAGUCAUUGGUGAAAUCGAAUACAAACCCCCUUCCGUGGAAAUUCCACGGCUUUCCAGCCUCACUUGGAGGUAUCUGGACUCCGUGCCAGAGAUCAAGUCAACAUACAACGAUGCAUCUUGGACUGAAUGCAACAAAACCAUCACCAACAAUCCUACUCCUUUCAAGACGCCGCGUGAUUUAUAUGCAUUAGACUACGGAUUCCAUACCGGAUCACUAAUCUACCGCGGACGAUUCCUCGCCAACGCUCAAGAAUCCACACUUUCCCUAAACAUCUCCGGCGGCACCGGCUUUGCCAAUAUCGUCUGGCUGAACGAUGUAUUCCUCGGGUCAUUCCCCGGCAGUUCUACCGCUCAGGUACUAGCUCAAAACUUCACAUUUCCGCAUCCCUUAACCUCAGGGAAGGAGUAUAUAUUGACCGUUCUGAUCGACAACAUGGGCCAGGAUGAAGAAGGCCCCGGCACCGACGCAAUCAAGUUCCCACACGGAAUCCUGAAUUACAGUCUGGCUGGCCACGACGACCAGUCCGACGUCACCUGGAAGAUGACGGGCAAUCUUGGUGGUGAGCAGUACCGCGAUCUGGCUCGCGGUCCUCUCAACGAGGGGGCAUUGUAUGCUGAACGCCAGGGCUACCAUUAUCCGCAGCCCCCAGCCUCGAACUGGACUGUGUCCAGUCCUGUGGAAGAUGGUCUUGCUGCUCCCGGCGUGGGGUUCUAUACGACUUCCUUCCGGCUGGAUAUCCCGUCUGGAUGGGAUGUGCCCAUGAGUUUUGUGUUCAAUAAUGGCUCGGACGCGGCGAAGAGUCCUUCGCAGAACUAUCGAUGUCUGAUCUUUGUGAAUGGGUAUCAGUUUGGGAAGUACAUCAACAACCUGGGUCCGCAGACUACCUAUCCCGUCCCAGAGGGCAUCCUCAACUACAACGGCGACAAUUUCAUCGCAGUGACUUUGUGGGCGAUGGACACUGAUGGUGCAAAGCUGGCCGGUCUCGACCUGGUCCCGACUGCAGUUAUCAAGUCUGGUUACAGUAGGCCAGCGUUGGCGCCGCAGCCUACAUGGACGUUGAGAGAUGGUGCAUAUUAA